UUCCUUAACUUUUUAGUUUGAGUUCAUAGUUCAACUUCUCAAAAAUCCUUAAUGAACUCAAUAAGGAAAAUUCGGAUAUUUUCCAUUCUUAUAACAAGAGUGAACUUUAAUUCAUGUACUAGAGUGGAAUUUAAAAUAGGGGAAGAGAGAGAGAGAGUAAUAAUUACUGAGAAUAUUAACGGGCGAUGGCUGUGACGUUUUCCGUUGCGAAUCGCUUUCGCAUCAUAAUAAUACAGUAGUAUCCCAUCAUUUGACUACAAAGAAAAGAAAAGAAAAGAAACAAAUGAAAAAUGAAAAAACUAAAGUUGACGUUGAAAAAACUGUUUUAAAAUAAUAUUGUCUGCUACAUAACGGCGUUAUUAGCUGUCGUUUGCUAUAUAUAUAUAUAUAUAUAACACUCUACUCCUCCACUCUCUUUAUUUCAAAGUCACUUGUUUCCUCUUCUAUCUCUAUCUCUCUCUUUCUCUCUCUACUGCAACUGCAAAGUGUUUUUAAUGGUUGCGUAAAGAAGAAGUUUGGUAUAUUGGUGUUUUUGUUUUCUUGAUACCGCACUCUCGUGUUUUUCUCGAAAUGGGCAAGAAAGAGCAACAACAGCAGCAGCAGCAGAAAGAUCACAAUGGAAAUAAUAAUGAAAGAGUUGAAGCCGCUCUUGACAUUCUAAGAAAGCAAUCUCCAUUAACAGUGAAACAGGAGAAGUUCUGUAACAAUGCUUGUAUAGAACGGUUUCUAAGAGCAAAAGGUGAUAAUGUAAAGAAGGCUGCUAAGCACUUAAGGGCGUGUCUUUCUUGGAGGGAGAGUAUAGGCACUGAACAACUAAUAGCAGAUGAGUUCUCUGCUGAGUUAGCUGAAGGAGUUGCUUAUGUGGCUGGUCAUGACGAAGAGUCCAGACCUGUCAUUAUUUUUCGAAUUAAGCAAGAUUACCUAAAGUUUCAUUCACAAAAACUGCUUACCAGACUGCUGGUUUUUACACUGGAAGUCGCCAUAGCAACAAUGCCAAAAAACAUUGAACAAUUUGUUAUUCUCUUUGAUGCAAGCUUUUUCAGAUCAGCAUCGGCUUUUAUGAACUUAUUGCUGGCAACGCUGAAAAUUGUAGCUGAUUACUAUCCAUGCAGGCUUUACAAGUCUUUUAUAAUAGACCCACCUUCCCUUUUUUCUUAUCUAUGGAAGGGUGUCCGUCCAUUUGUUGAGCUAUCAACGGUCAUGAUGGUGUUGUCAUCAUUAGACUAUGAAGAAUCAUUAGAGUUCAGUGAUUUCUCUUCCUACCCACGAGCCUCAUCCCUUCGAUUCGAUACUUCCUCUGUCAAAUCAACGGCUAAGAUCGGUUCAUGCUCUUCCUCAAGAUUUUCCUUUACCGUGUCCCACCAUUUUGACUCGCUCAAACCCUGGCACCUCACCUUGACCGACACGUCAUCAUCCAAAGUAGGAUCCGCCACUACCACCAGCCCAGCCCUUCUGGGCCCCGCUAAAAUCUCUCCACUCAACGCUAGGUCCUACUCCUUCGCAUCACCCGCCGCGAGAACGCCACUUGGCAGCAUCAACGGUGAUAGCUACUCCUGUAGGCCCAGCAAGAAAACUCUGUUCCCAUCAACACCAUUGCCACAACGUGUCACCGCAAGCGAGCCUAUCAAGAUCUCUUACCCGCGGACCCCACGGCCAUCUUUCCUCCAAUCACCAGCCCUGUUUUUCAAGAAGGAGUGCCACGUCAUGAGGGCCGACAAGUCUCGAGAAUCUUUCUUACCGUUCUUGAAGUUCUACAGGCGGCCGUAUGAUGAGAUGAUUUAUAGGUCAAAGAUGCGGCCCCCACUUGGGGGACUCAUCUCCAUCGUCUCUCCUCACAUCAGACGUCGCCACGUGUCAGUAUCACAACGGUUCUAAACGGAGACGAGCCCAUGCAAAGCAAGAGCACUUUUAAACCAAACGAAAAAAAAAAAAAAAACAGAGAGAGGGUAUAUAGUACUAUUUUACUACUACUAUUACAUUAACUAACGUGUCAAAUGUCAAUGGCAAUGACACUAGUACUAAUAAUUGAUCAAUUAUUUCUAAGUUGUUGUUUAUUUAAAUGAUGUGUUUUGGUGCAUUGAUUGAGUUGAGAUUGACCAAAGUAAAAAUUGGAAAAAGAAAAAAGAGAGACUACGUCCGAGGUGGGUUGUGAAUUCUUGUGCAUUAUGUCUGAUUUUGAAUUGUGUAGCCUGCAGAUUAUAUACAAUUAUAUAAAAUCAAGAAACAAAAAAAGUCUACGA